CAGUACAUGUGCAGAGCAGAGGCAGAGUGCUCCCGACAACUCACACACCCUCUGCUCCACAGCUCCAGCGUGCUCCUGCUACCCAGCCUCGCUCCAGAGAGUACCCACCCACAGGCCCCCUCUGAAGGCUACAGACAGCACCUCCUCUGCCCCCGCUACAGAUUGUCACCAUGGAGACCCCGGGCACCAAGCGUGUGCGCAGUGCCGUGUCCCCGGCCCGGAUCAGCCGGCUGCAGGAGAAGGAGGAUCUGUGUAACCUUAAUGAUCGCCUGGCUGUCUACAUAGACAAAGUGCGCUCCCUAGAGGCGGAGAACACCAGCCUGCGCAUGCGCAUCACUGAGUCCGAGUCCACCGUGACUCGCGACCUGUCGGGCAUCAAGGCGGCCUAUGAGAGUGAGCUGGCUGACGCCCGCCACACCCUGGACCAGGUGGCCAAGGAACGUGCCCGCCUGCAGCUGGAGCUGGGCAAGCUGCGCCAGGAGCACCAGGAGCUCAAGGCCAGGAACACUAAGAAGGAGGCUGACCUGGAGGCGGCUCUGGCCCGGCUGAGGGAGCUCGAGGCCCUGCUCAACUCCAAGGAUGCCUCCCUGAAUACCGCCCUGGGGGAGAAGAGAGCUCUGGAGCUAGAGGUCAAGGAGCUCAAGGCAAACAUUGCCAAGCUGGAAGGAAGCCUGGCAGACAUUAAGAAGCAGCUUCAGGAGGAGAUGCUGAGGAGAGUGGACGCGGAGAACCGUCUGCAGACCGUGAAGGAGGAGCUGGAGUUCCAGAAGAACAUCUACAACGAGGAGCAGCGCGAGACCAGGAUGCGUCAUGAGAGCCGUCUGGUAGAGGUGGACGGUGGCAGGAGAGACUUUGAAUCCAAGCUCCAGGAGGCUCUGGCCGAUCUCAGGGCCCAGCAUGAGGAGCAGGUCCGGCUCUACAAGGAGGAGCUGGACAAGACCUACACCGCUAAGCUGGAGAACGCCCGGGAGUCGGCCAACAGGAACAGUCACCUGGUGGGAGCCACUCAGGAGGAGCUGCAUCAGACCAGGGUCAGGAUUCAGGGCAUGUCCGACCAGCUCGCCAUGCUCCAGAAACAGCUGUCCCAGUCCGAGGGAAAGGUGCGAGAGCUGGAGGAGGCCCUGGCUCGGGAGCGUGACAUGAUGAGGAGGCGUAUGGACGAGAAGGAGAGGCAGAUGGCAGAUCUCACGGCCCGCAUGCAGCUGCAGCUCGAGGAGUACCAGGACCUCCUCGACAUCAAGCUGGCCCUGGACAUGGAGAUCCACGCCUACAGGAAGCUUCUGGAGGGCGAGGAGGAACGCCUGAGGCUGUCCCCCAGCCCGACCUCUGGCAAAAUGACGGUGAGCAGGACGUCUGGGUCUGCACACAGCCGGGUGCUGUACCAGACGUCCUCCAGCACCAAGGCAGCAUCCAGCAGCCGUAACUCCUCUGGCACCCACGCCACCCCCGCCACCCCCGCCACCCAGGCCGCAACUAGUAGCCGCAACUCCUCUGGCGCCCACUCCACCUCUGGCAUCCAAGCCAAGUCCACCGUGCAGGUGGCAUCCAGCAGCCGGACCUCCUCUGGCACCAGUGCCAAGAGGAAGCGCCUGGACCUGGACUCUGAGACAACAGUCACCAAAGCCCGCAUCAGCCAGCUGGCCUCAGCCAGCGGCAGGGUCACUGUGGAUGAGGUGGACCUGGACGGCAAGUUCAUCCGCCUCAGCAACAAGUCUGACGAGGACCAGUCUCUGUCUGGCUGGCAGCUGAAGAGUCAGGCUGGAGGGGGCACUGCGCUGAUCUACAAGUUUCCUCAUAAGUUCACCCUGAAGGCCGGAGCCACUGUCACGGUCUGGGCGGCCUCAGGGGGAGGGACCCAUAACCCCCCCACAGACCUGGUGUGGAAGACCCAGGACGCCUGGAGCACCGGAGACAAACUGGAGAUCACCCUGAUCAACACCAGUGGAGAGGAGCUGGCUUCAAGGAAAGUGACCAUGAUUCUGCUGGAAGACGACGAAGAAUCGACCACUCACAGCACCAGUGAAGUGGAGCGUGAGUACAACCUGCGCAGCCGCACGGUCAUCUGCGACGCCUGCGGUCAGCCUUCGGAGAGAGGAGGGGCCUGCGGGGGCGGUCUGCCGGAGGGGCUCGGCGGUCACUCCUACAUCAUGGGACACAACCAGGGCCGUGUGAAGCCUGAGAGCUGCUCCAUCAUGUAGGACUCUGUGCUGUGGACCUCUCUCUUCGUUCGUCUUUAGUUUUGGAUGAGAUGUUUUGUAAUCACCAGCUGUGGGGCUGUGGAGCUUUGGGGGUUUUGCCGUUUGCUGACUCUUUAGCUUGUAGUUUCCUGUACUGUAGUUAGUGCUUGCCGCUCAUGGGUUAACUUUUUUGUCUUUAUUUUACCUGAAUUGUCGUACUGUAGGGAGCUAUGCAAUUUUUCAGCCUAGCGUUUUAAUUACCUUUUCGUAGGGAUGCACCGAUGUGAUAUUGGUAUCGGAUAUCGGUGUCGGUAUUGAAAAUUUUGGAUGGGGAUAUUGGUUUAGCCGAUAUUCCAUUUUGGUUUUGAGGUUUUUGUGAAGUCGAGUGGAAUGUCACUGACAACAUGUUUAACACUUUACAAAUGCAGACAAAAUCGCACCUGUUUACAAAGGCUCAUGUUUAUGACUCAAUAAUAAUGCUAAUGCUAAUUUUAAGAGCCUAAUAAAUAUUUAAAUAACGCCACUGACUGAAAUAAUCUACACCUAAAAAUUGUGUCCUUAAUCUGCAUUUAGCGUUUUAAUAGAAGUUAGCAUUAGCAUUGUGCCCAGCAGUAUCCUCUGGUGCAGUUUUCCUCUCUAGUGUUCAACAUGUUGUCAGUGACGUCCACCCACAGCUCUGUCCACGGCCUCAUCUGUCUGAUUUAAACAUUUUAGCACAAUUCUGCAAAAACCUCACAGACAUUAUGCCAGAAAUGGUCGGGCUGUUCCUCUGAUGGGAAGUAGCCGGCACAGAGCCAACUGGUGUAAUAGUACGAUUUACAAGUCAAAGUCUCAUAAUAUUAAACUUGUGUUUUGUCAUUUAAAGUAAUUACAGGCCUUGCCACAGCCUUGUGAAAAUACAUGUGGAUCAUUUUUACCUGAUGCUGUUUGUGUUUAAAGGACAUAAAUGAUAUUUUCAGUCAGUGGCUAUUCAGUAUCGGCAGAUGCUUAAAGCCCAGGUAUCGGCAUCGGUAUCAGAACAGAAAAAGCUGAUCGGUGCAUCCCUACUCUUUUGCACUGCAAAAAUAAAUAUUUAAAUUAUCAAAAAAUGGCUUGAAGUGAGACUUGAACUGGGUGACUUUACUGAGUCGGGUUAAUUUAAAAGGUGUAGAUUAUUGGAACACUAUUACUAAAGGAACACUAUGCAACUUUUCUAGUAUCCAGUAUCGGUAUCGGUGCAACCCUGAAAACUUUAAAGGGCCCAUAUUAUGCCAUUUUCUGCUCUAUGUUAUAAUGCUUUCUCAUCACAAACAGACCUGAAGUUGUGUUUUGUCUCAUUCACACACGUGUAACACACACACGCUGCAUAUUUAGGCUGAGUUCUUUUCUCAGAUGAUAAUUACACCUUGUGAUGUCAUGUGAUACAGGAAGUGCUCCGCUCUAUUUUUAAACUUCAUGCAGUUUCACCAGAAUCGUUUGGAUAAUUUUAGCCCUGGAGUUGCCGAUCUCUACUGAACAAAAGAUAAAAGCUAUUGGUUAACUUGAAAACUAUCACUUCAUGACAUCACAAGGUGGAACAGAGCAUUUUGAACUUUGGAGAUGUAGACAAAACACAACUCCAGGUCUGUUUUUGAGGAGGAAACGACAUUAUCACAUGACUUAAAGCGAGUCAAUUGUGCGUAAUAUAGGACCUUUAAUGUGAGCGGGAUUGCCUCUUCACAGAUCUGACUCGUAACUUGGCCUGGUGGAGUCACCCGCUUGUCUCCACGGAUAUACUGAUAAGUUAGAGUUUAAUGUCAUACUGUGGAACAUUCCAGGCAAAGCAAUAACACCUCCAUGGAGACAAGCAAAUAACGCACUGACCUCCACCAGAAAAGUUAGGUAGUGCAGCUUUAUAACACAUUUAUCAAAUUUGAGGUGGAUUUUUUUUAAACUACCACAUAAAAAAUGCAAAAAUACAAAAAAAAUAAAUAAAUCCUGAUAGCCUACAUGUCAAAAUGAUCAAAAUAAUUAAAUAAAUAAAUACAUAAAGUAAAUAAAUGUAAUUGGUCAAAACGUCAGGUACAAAUACAACUUAAAAUUUGUGAAUUCAGUCAUUUUUACCUUUUUUAAAUAUUGAUUUCUGCAGUGAGGGCAGCUUUAAGCAUUCAGUAACCAUAUGAAAAGUGCCUUGACUCGAUGUAAUUCUAAAUUCGUUAUACUGCCCUUAUGUGUUCGUGCUUUGUAUGAUUAUUUUUUUUCUUUUUUUUAAUUGCAUUUCAUUUGUAUCAAAAGUAAAGAUUGUGUAAACCAAAGAUUCUCUGUGCUCAGUUAACCGUGUGCCAAAAAGGCCCGUUUGAUGCUGCAGUCCAGAAGUGCUGUAAUAAUUUGUGAUAAUGUUUAAAAAAAAAAAAAAAGUAAUUGUGAAAGAAAUGUUUGCUUUAUGCUUUACUUUGAUACAGUAAAAGACCUCGACACCUGCUGUGGCUGUGCUUAUUCCAACACAAAUGGACACUUUAUUUACAUAUUUACACAUCAUAUAGUUUUUACAGCUUAGUACAAAAAGUCUGAAACGUGAACAGAAACGUGCGUACAUGUCACAUCCAGAGGUGGCAGUAUCGAGCUAUACGUUGGUCUUCCAUCAGUGGUUUUUAAUCUCAUAGUAUUUGUAACUGUACUUUGAGCUUUUAUUACUCCUCCCACAUGCAAGUCUCAUCACAAAUGCCCUGUUUUGAUAAUGUACAGUGCGUAACAGCCAUAUUUUCUUGAAACUGGUCUGAUCAGUUCUUGUUUUUGAUUCUUUGCGGUGACAUUAUGCUGGGAGGGCGGUUACCAUGGUGAUACAAUGUACACAAAUAACAAAAAUAGCCUGAUGGGUUUAGACAAGCUGAAAAAUAAAUAAAUAAAUGGAUUU